AUGGGUUACGAAGACAAAUUAGUAGUUCCUGCUUUAAAGUUUAGAAACUUUUUGGACAAGACUCCAAAUCUCCAUAAUGUUAUCGUUAUUGCUGCGAUUUCAUGUAUUUCCGGGUUGAUGUUUGGUAUCGAUAUCUCGUCGAUGUCAGCAUUUCUUGGUGAAAAAACAUAUACAGACUAUUUUGGUACUCCUAGCACAACUAUGCAAUCGUUUAUUACGGCUGCUAUGUCUUUAGGUUCAUUUUUUGGAUCUUUAGCUUCUUCGUUCGUGUCUGAACCGUUCGGUAGAAGAGCUUCGUUAUUGUUAUGUGGUUUCUUCUGGUGUGUUGGUGCCGCUAUCCAAUCGUCUUCUCAAAAUCAAGCUCAAUUAAUUAUCGGUCGUUUUAUUUCGGGUUUUGGUGUUGGGUUCGGUUCGUCAGUUGCUCCAGUUUAUGGAUCUGAAUUAGCUCCUAGAAAGAUUAGAGGUUUAAUUGGUGGUCUUUUCCAAUUCUCUGUCACUUUAGGUAUCUUGAUCAUGUUCUACAUCUGUUAUGGUUUAAAUCAAAUGAAGACUACGGGCUCAUUCAGGAUUGCUUGGGGUUUGCAGAUUGUACCAGGUUUGUGUUUAAUCAUUGGUUGUUUUUUUAUUCCGGAAUCUCCUAGAUGGUUAGCUAAACAAGGCUACUGGGAAGAUGCUCAACAAGUUGUUGCUAAUACUCAAGCUAAGGGUAACAAAGAAGACCCAAACGUUUUAAUUGAAAUUUCUGAAAUUAAGGAACAAAUCAUGUUGGAUGAACACAUUAAGGCUUUCACUUAUGCUGAUUUAUUCAGUAAGAAAUAUAUUUUGAGAACCACUACUGCUUGUUUUGCUCAAAUCUGGCAACAAUUAACUGGUAUGAAUACAUUGAUGUACUAUAUUGUCUAUGUUUUCCAAAUGGCCGGCUACUCCGAUAAUGCUAACUUGAUUGCUAGUUCCAUUCAAUACUGUCUUAAUACAGGUAUGACAAUUCCAGCAUUAUACUUCAUGGAUAAACUCGGUAGAAGACCAGUUUUAUUAACCGGUGCUGCUUUCAUGAUGGCUUGGCAAUUUGCCGUUGGUGGUUUAUUAGCCACUUACGGUCAACCCGCCAAUAUUAGUGAAACCGUCAGAAUUGAAAUUCCACCAGAAAAUGGUAAGGCCGCCAAAGGUGUCAUUGCUUGUUGUUAUUUAUUCGUUGUUUCCUUUGCUUGUAGUUGGGGUGUUUGUUGUUGGGUCUACUGUGCUGAAGUCUGGGGUGACAGUGCGUCAAGACAAAGAGGUGCCGCUCUUACUACUGCUGCUAAUUGGAUUUUCAAUUUCGCCAUUGCCAUGUUCACGCCAAAUGCGUUCAAGAGCAUUAUUUGGAAGACUUAUUUUGUAUUCGGAACAUUCUGUGGUUGUAUGUUUAUCCAUGUCUUAUUCUUCUUCCCAGAAACCAAGGGUAAGAGAUUGGAAGAAAUUGGUCAAAUGUGGGCCGAACGUGUUCCAGCUUGGAAGACUGCUUCAUGGCAACCAUCUAUUCCAAUCGUGUCCGACAGUGAAUUACAUAACAAGAUGAAGGUUGACCAUAAUGAAGAUAACUUAUUAAAUUCUUCUUCCCACUCUGAAGCAUCCCAAGAGAAAGGCGAUACUUCUCACAUGACUUAA